AUGUGGGAGAGACUGGGACUUCUGGAGGAGAUAAGGGAGAGUUGGCUGGUGAUGAAUAUCGAGUGCCCCCCACAGAUGAGCUGUACUUACAAGUUCAGCAGAUUUAAGAGCGCUGCUAAGGACAUGCAGAACUACAGGCAUAACUAUCCAGUUGACAGGCCAAAUUUAAUGUUCUAUGUUGGAGAGGCACCAUGUUUACCAGACGGUAUCUUCAUAAAGGAAAUCCACAGUCAUUGGUGGGGAAAUUAUGACAAACUGGAAUCUGUGCACACCUAUAUUCAGUGGUUGUUUCCUCUGCAAGAACCAGGGAUGAACUAUCAAGCCAGCAUACUGACCAAACAGGAGAUUAAGGAUUUUUCUCAAAGCAACCUUGCAAAGCAAAACCUGCUGAGGUCAUACAAUCUCAUGUUAGAUUUCUACGGCAUUGAGUUGGAAGAUGUGACCACAGGAGCAGUGAGGAGAGCAGAGAACUGGCUGGACAGAUUCGACAACCUGAACAGACGCACACAUAACAACCUGCGCAUCACCCGCAUCUUGAAGUGCCUGGGAACCCUGGGGUACCGUCACUACCAAGCUCCUCUGGUCCGUUUCUUCCUGGAAGAGACCCUCGUCCAUGGAGAACUUCCAAAUGUCAAAGAAAGUGUCCUCAACUACUUUGUGUUUGCUGUCCUGGAUAAGACGGAGCGCAGGCAGCUCCUACGGUUUGCUUACACUAAUUACACUCCUAAAGAGGAGUUUGUGUGGUGCCCAGUGAAAAUCCAGAAGACAUGGUCUUGGAUGCAAGGCGAAGGCCCCGGUUCUGAAUGUGAUCACGAUGGAUCUGAAGAUUUAAUACAGGUCCAAGUGAUUGAUGGAAGUAGUUAA